AUGAAAUCUCUAGUCUUCUUCAGUUUAUUAUACACUAAUUGUUUUUGUAGUUUCCUGGAAUACAACAGCGAAUAUGCUCGAAAUUAUUUUGACUAUGCCGCAGCGGUUUACUCCAAGGAUGUUAUGCAAUGCCUUUCGAACACUGUGUCUACAACAAACUUGCUGAUGCUGCAUCAUGAGGAGUUUGUUUGCAUGAGUGAUAAAUCGAAUUGUAAGGUUCUUGCUGUAUCAUCAGUGCAAGAUAAAAUUAUACAUAUUUCUGUCAAAGGUCCGAAUGAGAUCGAUAAAAUUGAUAAAGAUUUUUUACGGAAAAUUAGAGGAACUGUUGAAUUUUUGGAUUUUGGCUUGAUAGAUCAUCACUUCAGCACUGCUCAUCAAUGCACUUGGAAAAUAAUCAAAAACAUUUUGAAAUCUGAGAACACAUCUGGUUAUGAUAUUGUAUUUUCUGGUCAUUCAACGGGAGGAGCUUUGGCAACAUUAGCAGCAUUACAGGCUUACAGAAUCGGGGUUCCUUCCUAUUUGAUACAUUUAUAUACUUAUGGCGAGCCGAGAAUUGGAAAUAUACUGUUCGCUAACAAUGUUGACCGUCUCUUUGCUGAUUCUUGGAGAAUAGUGAAUGCUCGAGAUGUGGUUCCGCAUUUGGCAUCGUGUCGAGACGAUGACAUGGAUAUCAAAUUUGGGAAAGAUUGUGCUGAAUCCUCU